AUGAAGCUGGAGGUGAUGUACGGAGGCCACUACAGCCUCAAAGCAGACGAGGAGCUGAGCUCAGAUGGGGACAGAGCAGCGCGCAGCCCGUCACCGGUCACUGCAGAGUCCAGUAAACCCAAGCCUUACGCACGGAGGGGCAAGCCGCCCUUCUCCUACAUCGCGCUCAUCGCCAUGGCCAUACGCGACUCCCCGAGUGGCCGCAUCACGUUAGCAGACAUUAACGAUUACCUGAUGGACAAGUUCCCCUUCUUCAGAGGCAGCUAUACGGGCUGGAGGAACUCCGUGCGCCACAACCUGUCUCUGAACGACUGCUUCAUCAAAGUGCUGCGGGACCCUGCGCGUCCCUGGGGGAAAGACAACUUCUGGAUGCUGAACCCUCAGAGCGAUUACACGUUUGCAGACGGCGUGUUCACGCGCAGAAGGAGACGUCUCAAUAAAAGACUCAGGGAAGAAGACUUUUCUGGACACUUUGUGAAAUCUGAGCCUCGAGCAAAGUUCUCCAGCUCUUUCUCCAUAGACAGCAUCCUCAGCAGCCCCGUGACCAGACACGCACCGCCACAUCUGCAGCCGUCCGUCCUCUGGCGUCACACUGGACACAUGACGCAGGUGGAGCAGCCUGCUGCGUUCUAUUACGUCCCUGACCGAGUCAUUUGA